GCACUUCCCCUCAGAAGGUCUUUCACCCAGCUUCGCUAUGGCCAACGUCGCUGACACCAAACUAUACGACAUUCUUGGAGUAUCGCCCUCCGCCUCCGAAAAUGAACUGAAAAAGGCUUAUCGGAAGCUUGCAAAAGAAUAUCAUCCUGAUAAGAACCCAAAUGCUGGAGACAAGUUCAAGGAGAUCAGCUUUGCAUAUGAAGUGCUGACUAACCCAGAGAAAAAAGAGCUUUAUGAUCGCUAUGGAGAGCAGGGUCUGCGAGAGGGUGGUGGCGGAGGUCCUGGAAUGGAUGAUAUCUUCUCUCACAUUUUUGGUGGAGGACUCUUUGGGUUCAUGGGGGGUCAAGGUCGCAGCCGAAACGGCGGUAGGAGGAGAGGGGAGGACAUGGUCCACCCACUCAAGGUGUCACUUGAAGACCUGUACAAUGGAAAAACGACCAAAUUACAACUAAGCAAGAAUGUUCUUUGUAGUACUUGCAAUGGCCAAGGCGGGAAGACCGGUGCAGUGCAGAAAUGCAGUGCCUGUAGGGGGCGUGGCAUGCGUAUUAUGAUCAGGCAGCUGGCUCCCGGUAUGGUCCAACAGAUGCAGUCUGUCUGCACUGACUGUAAUGGCGAAGGUGAAGUGAUCAGCGAGAAGGACCGCUGUAAAAAGUGUGAAGGUAAGAAGGUGGUGAAGGAUGUGAAAAUUUUGGAGGUGCACGUGGACAAAGGCAUGAAGCACGGCCAAAAGAUUACCUUCGGUGGAGAGGCUGACCAGGCUCCUGGUGUGGAACCUGGAGACAUCGUCCUCGUCCUGCAGGAGAAAGAGCACGAGACUUUCAAAAGAGAUGGCAACGACUUGCACAUGAUCCAUAAGAUUGGCCUUGUUGAAGCCCUUUGCGGAUUCCAGUUCACAUUGAAACACUUAGAUGGCAGACAGAUUGUGGUCAAAUACCCGGCCGGGAAGGUCAUAGAGCCUGGUUCAGUCAGAGUUGUAAGAGGAGAGGGCAUGCCACAGUACCGUAACCCCUUCGAGAAAGGAGACCUGUUUAUCAAGUUUGAUGUGCAGUUCCCUGAUAACAACUGGAUUAACCCAGAGAAGCUCUCAGAGCUGGAAGACUUGUUGCCCACACGGCCUGAGGCACCUAUCAUCUCCGCUGACGCGGAGGAGGUGGAUCUGCAAGAUUUCGACAUCAGCCAGAGCUCAUCUAGCGGGCACCGUCGCGAGGCCUACAACGACAGUUCUGACGAUGAAGGCGGGCACCACGGCCCCGGGGUGCAGUGCGCUCACCAGUAGCCUGGCACUGUCCAGCUCUGCCCAGCUCUGUCAGAGUGAGGGGGAAAAAUGUAUCAGUUGCACAGUAUCAGAAAGGGGUUAUGAUUUCAAAUCUGAUUGGGGGUCUGCUUUAAACGAUGAGAAACAAUUAUCCGUCCCCUCCCUCCUCCAUCAUCCACUGUCCUCUUAGUAAACGCACGGAUUAAUCCGCCCCACUUUCCUGUCCUGAACCCCAAACCCCCUCCCCCUCCCCGCUCCCACCCCAACCACUUCCUACCACAGCUAAAGGCAACCCCACGAGACAGAUAAAGGUAAUUUUUCUUUUACUUGGUGUGUGACUUGCAUUUUUUCUGUUGUCAUAGUAUUUACAAGAGUUAAUUUAAAACUAACCAUACAAUACAGUUUUGGCCUGGGACUCUAGACUCUGUUUUAUGAGGGGAGUGAGUCUGUGAAAAAGAGAGACAAAAAAGAAUGAGUGCGAAAGAGGGAAAACCUGAAUGAUACAACACAGGACUUGUUCACCAUCACAUUUUUAGGUUUGUAAUGUAUCUGUGCUUGAUUUUUACCACUUUAUUUUCUUUGUAGAUUUUUACUUUGUUUUUUUUUCCUUCUAUUAUAUUUUAAGAAUUGGAACAAAAGAGUACAACAUUGUGUAUAAAAUGAUUGUCAUUUAAGCUUUAUCAGCUGCUGUCACACACAAUAGUGUGAUUUAUAAACUUAGAUACAAGCAAUUUAGGAUUUAAUCUGUCAACCCAGGUGCAUGUCGAACGCUCUGGUCCCUGCUCUGAAUAACAUCCAAAUUAAACAAGUGAAAUCUGACAUCAGAAAAGCAGGGGGCAACAGUGAGCAGCUGUAGGUAUAUAACUUCGGUUGAAAAAAAAAACUUUAUGAAGUUGUUAAAUAAAAUGUUCUUGAAUAUCUCUUCAAUAGCAGAACUGCAUUUUUUUUUGUCUGGUCUUGUGUAUUAAAGCUGAUUGUAAACUUG